UCCUCUGCACAAAAAACCAAAAGCAAAGCUCCAGACAGCGAUCGCCGUCGCCGGCGAUCUCACUCGGAAAACUAUGGGCCACAAUCCUAACAGAGUCGAAGCCGAGCGGCUACUCGGGAUCGCCGACAAGCUCCUGCAGAGCCGAGAUCUGAGCAGCUCGCGCGAAUUCGCCGUUCUCGCACAAGAAACCGAGCCGCUAAUCGACGGCUCCGAUCAGAUCCUGGCCAUCGUCGACGUCCUCCUGGCCGCCGACAGGCGCGUAAACAACCACCACGACUGGUACGCCAUCCUCCAGCUGGAUCGCCGAUCCGACGACCCCGAUCUGAUCAAGAGAUCCUACCGCCGCCUAGCGCUGCUGCUCCACCCGGACAAGAACAAGUACGCCUUCGCCGAGCACGCCUUCAAGCUCGUCGUCGAUGCAUGGGCCGUUCUGUCCGACCCGGCCCGGAAGCCGGUGUUCGACACCGAGCUCAACCUCUACAGCCCCGUCGAUCUCACCGCCGGAGCCGCCAAUUCGAACAAGCUCCCGGUGCGGCGUGGGCAGAAUGCUCAAAACGACGGCGUUUUCGAGCCUAGGCCGGCGGCGAGGCUAUCGAGCUUCUGGACGGCGUGUCCUUAUUGUUACAUACUGUAUGAGUACCCUGGGGUUUAUGAGAAGUGCUGUUUGAGGUGUGAGAAUUGUAAGAGAGGAUUCGAAGCCGUUGUGCUUCCGAAUUUGCCGCCAAUUGUGGCAGGCCAGGAUGCCUAUUACUGCUGCUGGGGCUUCUUUCCCAUGGGAUUCGUUGGUGGGAGCUUAGCAAAUAAAGGAAAGGGCAAGGCGGCCGCGGCGGCUUCCAAGGAGGCCGCAUAUCCUACUUGGAUGCCGCCGAUUUUCACCACGCCUCAGUAUAAAACCCCCGAGACUUCCAGGGCGCCUCCUGCGCCGGUGCCGGUGGCAGUGGCGGCAGCUGCUGGUGGGGAUGGAAUGCUGAAUUUUUCGGGUGGGAACUCGAAUUCAGGGUACUCAGCGUCGGUGCCAAAGAAGAGGGGGCGGCCGCGGAAGUUUAUUUAGCUUGUAAUCGCAUGCAUUUGAAUUUUGGUUUGUAGGGAGGGAAGACUGACAAAUUUUUGCUGAAGCAGCUGCUCGGUUUGAAAACUCGGAAGGUAACUCUUGCAGUCUCAAUCUUCUUUUGUGUUCGAUGUAAUAGUUGCUUGUAGAUGUGUUAAGUUAUCAAACUGAAAGCAUUUGCAGAUGACUUCUUCUAGCGAAAAUGUUAAGUCCUUGUCUUGUUGAGCUUUUGAACCCUUUGGCAUUUUCUAUCUUCAUAUCAAAUGUACAGGAGCAUGUAUUUAGGGGGCAUGUUUAAUUGGUUGAUUUAGACAUUUCAUUU